CGCUCCGUGCGGCGGGGCCGGGGAGGCGGGCAGCCUGCCUCCCUCCUCCCCCCCAGCCCCGGCUCGCCCGCCCGCAGGAGCCUCGUUGAGGCUCCCGCAUUGCACCGCCGGGCCGUGCCGGGCCGUGCCGGUCCGGGCUGUGCCGUGCCGGGCUCGGGGCUCGGCGCUGCCCCCCCGCGUCCCCGCUAUGAGCGCCGGUGAGGCGAAGGAGUACCUGGCCCGCAGGGAGAUCCCGCAGCUCUUCGAGAGUCUGUUGAAUGGAUUAAUGUGUUACAAACCUGAUGACCCCAUUGAAUAUUUGGAAAGCUGCUUGCAGAAGGUGAAAGAGCUUGGAGGGGCAGAAAAAGUGAAAUGGGACACUUUUGUCAGCCCAGAAAAGAAGACUCUGCCUCCACUCAAUGGAGGACAAUCCAGGAGAUCUUUUUUCAGAAAUGUGAUGCCUGACAAUUCCAACUUCCCAUACCGACGGUAUGACCGACUCCCUCCAAUCCAUCAGUUUUCUAUAGAAAGUGACACUGACCUUUCUGAAACUGCUGAGCUAAUUGAGGAGUAUGAUGUGUUUGAUCCUGCAAGACCUCGACCAAAAAUUAUCCUUGUCAUAGGUGGCCCAGGAAGUGGUAAAGGAACACAGAGUUUGAAAAUAGCAGAACGCUAUGGAUUUAACUACAUAUCAGUUGGUGAAUUGUUAAGGAAGAAGAUCCACAGCACAAGCAGCAAUAGAAAAUGGAGUCUAAUUGCCAAAAUAAUUACGACUGGAGAACUGGCCCCUCAGGAAACGACCAUAACUGAGAUCAAACAGAGAUUAAUGCAGAUCCCUGAUGAAGAAGGUAUAGUGAUCGAUGGAUUUCCCAGAGAUGUUGCCCAGGCAAUCUCCUUUGAGGACCAAAUCUGUACCCCAGAUUUGGUGGUGUUUCUGGCAUGUUCCAAUCAAAGGCUCAAAGAAAGGUUACUGAAGCGUGCUGAACAGCAAGGGAGACCUGAUGAUAACCUGAAAGCUACUCAAAGAAGACUAAUGAAUUUCAAGCAGAACGCCAUCCCCCUGGUUAAAUAUUUCCAGGAAAAAGGGCUAAUCAUCACAUUUGAUGCAGACAGAGAUGAAGAAGAAGUGUUCUUUGAUAUAAGUUUGGCAGUUGACAGUAAGCUAUUUGCUAACAAAGAGGCUGCAGCAGGACCAAAUGAACUAGAUUGCGGUCUGAUUAUGGAUUCUGGAGAUACUGCUUAUACAGAAUUUGACUUCGAAGACCAGGUAAUUGAGGAGGAUCAGUCAAGUUUUUCUGGUUAUGAGAGCACAGGAGAUUUUUCAGAAGACCUGAGGAAAUCAAACAUCAUUUUUGUAGUUGGUGGUCCUGGGUCUGGCAAAGGCAGCCAAUGUGAACAGUUAGUGAAGAAGUAUGGAUUUACUCACCUGUCCACUGGUGACCUUCUCCAAAAUGAGUUAUCGUCAUUAUCAGAGAGAAGUAAAUUGAUCAAAGACAUCAUGGAAUGUGGUGAACCUGUGCCAGGAGGUAUUGUCCUAGAGCUACUGAAGGAAGCCAUGGUUGCCAAUUUAGGGGACACAAAAGGAUUUCUGAUCAAUGGUUAUCCCCGGGAGCUGAAAGAAGCAAAAGAGUUUGAGAGCAAGAUUGGAGAACCAAAACUUGUGUUUUGUCUGGACUGCUCUGCAGAAACCAUGAGCAGUCGCCUUUUGAUGAGAAGUCAGAGCAGUCAGCACUUUGACAGUGCUGAAACCAUCAAGGAAGGAAUCGAAAGCUAUUACCAAGCAGCAAAACCUGUGAUUGCAUACUAUGAAAAAAAGGCACAGUUAUGCAAGGUUGAUGCAGAAGCAACACCAGAGGAUGUUUUUCUGGAAGUCUGCAAGUCAAUUGACUCUUUUCUGAAAAACGAAGCCGCAGCGUUUUCAACAGAAAUGCAGUAAUGGUCUGUACACAGCUUCACCUCACACGUGCACUUGGCAGUCAUGAAUAAAAUGCUGUUCAAAGCAAUACUGCUUUCUUGAGAGGUAUCUGGAAUUUGUGCAUGUGGUAUAUUAUUUUAGAUGAAUUUUUUCUCUGUUCAGA